CGUACAAUAGCACACUUCGUCCUUCGUCUGCCACCGUCGACAACGACUCUACGACUGUUCAUCAACACACCAUGGCCACCUUUAUCGCGCGGCGACCGUUUGCCCUCGCGUCGGCGCUUGCCAAAGAGCUGCCCGCCCCUCGAACCGCAUUCCGCUCCUUCCAGACGGCGGCGAAGCCUCAAUACCAGCAACCGCUGACCAAGCAAUUCACGCCGCUCCAGCAAAGCGUCAUCCGCUCCGCCUUCCAGCAGUCCUCCCGCCGUACCUACCAGACCUCCGCGCCCGCCAACCCUCUCGCACAAGGCAACCUCACACAGCGCCUGAUCUAUGGCGGUGCCAUCUUCGGCGGAACUCUCCUGGCUAUCAAUCUGGUCUUCAACCGCGAAACCCGUGAAGAUGGCGGCAUGCCACCAUAUGAGCGCGCAUACCUCAAUGAGACCUUCCUCCACACCGGCUUGGGUAUCGGCAUCAUCGGUGUUGCUGCCCGCGCGCUGCACAUGAAUGGCUGGAGUUAUCGCUUGAUGAGCGCCAAUCCUUGGUUGGUGCUCGGUGUUGGACUCGUGGGAUCAAUUGGUACAAUGAUGGGAUGCUACGCCACCAGCCCGGAUAACUACGUCGUCAAAUACGCUCUAUGGGGAGGCUUCAACUUGACCCAAGCUGCUCUGCUCUCGCCCAUGCUCUUCUUCGCUCCUGGCAUUCUCGCCCGCGCUGGUCUCUACACUGUCGGUAUGAUGGGCUCCAUUGCCUUCGUUGGAGCUACUGCCAAGCAAGAGAAGUACCUGUACAUCGGUGGUCCUCUGCUUGCCGGUGUCGCUAUCGUCGCUCUCUCCGGUCUGGCUCCCCUCGUCCUUCCAGCUACCGCCACCCGCGCCCUGAUGUGGACGGAGAACCUCUGGCUGUACGGCGGUCUGGCCGUCUUUGGUGGCUUCACCCUUUACGACACGCAAAAGAUUCUCGCGCACGCACGCAUGGCUGAGCAAGGCCGCUUCAGGAAAGAUGCCGUGAACGAGUCCAUUGCCCUGGAGCUCGACUUCAUCAACAUCUUUGUCCGCAUGGUGCAAAUUCUGGCCAUGCAACAGGGAAGGAGAAAGUAGGCGAGCACUCUCUGAAGUGCGAAAGGAAUCAACAUAAAGACAGAAUGUGAUAUUAGCGGCAUGACCUGACGCGGCGUUUCUGGAUAUGAACGCCACAAAAAGACCUCUGUGGAGGACGGAAAGGAUCUUUGUUUCCUGUGUAUCAGUAAUAGCUAUCAUGUACAGACAACCAUAGUUUCUCAGCUCCAAGUGCACGACCCUGGAAGCGAGUUCCUCAAAGUGGAGAAUUGUCAUAGCUCCCAUGCUCUGCAAACAGCCACGGGAACCACAGCAUUGACGAAGUCCGUCGCCAAGUCCAUUCGCAGUAUCUAGAGAUAGCAGAAGAAUGAUCUCUUCUACCCGGAUCGCAGGCCCGUUUAACCCGGAAUCCCGUCGUACUGAAGAACCACAGUUCGGCG